AGCCCACACCAAGCUUUGUUGGUAGCCAUGGUGCUUCGCAAGCCUGCGGCGCAGGGCUCUGCACCUAAAGCCAAAGCAAGCCAGCUGAAAACAGCCGCCAAAGCAGCUGCGAAGAGCAGGCACUUCAAGGCAGCGCACUUCUGUGCUUUCGACAGGGAAAAAGAUGCUUCUAAAAUGUUGCCAAGGUGAAAUCCUUUCUCCAUCUCGGGCUGAACCUCAAGAUUGGCAAGACCUACUGUGAAGAGGAGCUGAUUGCGAAAUGUGGCCAUGAUGCCUCGAAGCUCAACGCCCUUAAACACCUAUUCGGUGACCCCGCCAAGUUGCCAGAGGUUGCACCUGCCCGCGGCUGACCGUAGUCACACAUCCGUAGACUUUAGGGAGCCUUUGAAGCCUGCACUGCGCAAAUAUCAAGCAGCUUCUUGUGCUGGCCUGGUUUCUUGUCAGGAUGGGAAGCACCAUGCAACAGGCCCUUCAAGCAAGAGCAAAGCGCCAGAUGAAAGCAAGUCAAAGAAAGAAGUUGAAGCUGACAGGCCUGUCAGCAUUUUGAAAAGACCAUCAGCAAGAAGGGAGGAGCCCUCAAUUGAGAAGCCCUCAAUUGAGAAGUCCUCAAUGGAGAAGAGGUAUGUGGUCAGAGGUUCCGUUGGCCUUGGUCAAAGUGCAAGGAUUGGCGAGAUAAUGAAGAAGGAGGAGCUGAUGUCGCUAUGCAAGACAAAGCAGAAGAAAGACAAGUUGGAGGCCCACUUUAAGGAUCCGCUGAGGCUCCAGGAGGUGUAUGUUGCGAUAGGCUGAGGCCUGAAGUUAUGUUUGUCUACGCUAUGAGCGCAUGUCUGCGGCAAAAAGUGAGCGCAAGGGAGAUUUGCGAAUGCAAGACAGGAACCCGAGC